UUGAUCUCACUAAGUGCCGGGAAAAUCCUCCGCCGGGCUUCAUAGUGACGACGGCUAACAAAGCAUGACGCUUUCGGUUACUGUGAUUUGGGUUGUCGUCUGCUGCGUGUAUACGUUCGUAUUGUUUGCAGUAGUAGUCACCUCAAAUGAAAACGUAACAGGUUACAACGUGAGUUCGACAGCAUUUCCCGACCGGUAUUUCGUAAACAAGGACUCUGUGGCUACUUCAGCGUUUACUUCGGCGAAGCCCACUGACGUUGACGCGAAUUACAAUGUCACCGAAGCGACAACUCGGCAAGCAUUUAAUACUGACCCCCUGCCUGUCUCCGGUCGUCUACCGACUCCCGCGGAUGACGUUGGCAGUGUAUGUUCCUGUGAUGAGCACAAAGGUGUCUGUGACAUCAAUUGCUGCUGCGACAGAGAGUGCAGUCAGGAGAUCGCCCUGUUCACUGGCUGCUCAAUGGUCACCGUCAGUGGCAACAAGGAGUUGUGCAGCCAUGCUGCAGCAUCAUAUGGUUUGCAGUAUACUGUAGAGGGCUACUCAGAGCUGCAGUCCUUUGUCCAGAAGGAGAUUCGUCAUCACAGUUUAUGCAUUCAGUCACAUUAUCGUGUUGAUGGAUUUUAUUUUGCGGCCCCUACUCUGCCACUGGCCAGAAACUUUGACUCGCUCUUCAAACAGUUUAAUAGGUUUGCUUUCAGUUCACCGGAGAAUAAUGACAUGUCUACACGUACUCCUGCUGUGCUCCACAAAUUUUAUCAGUAUGGAGAUGCAAUGAUGUCCGCUCAAGUCAAUGGAAAAAGAGGAAUCUUUUGCCUGCCAGCUACCAGUGUUUCUUUCCAAUGCGUUGACCAGAGUCCUGCAGCGUUCCUAGUGGACAGGAGAAGUCGUUGUUCCCGGCGUGUAGUUCUGAAAGAGGACUGCGGCUCUCUACAAGCCCUCAGCCUAGAUACCUACACGAACGUCAUGCUCUAUGCUGGGAAGGAUGAAGAUGCCACUCUUGUUCCUAUGAAGAUGGCUUCAGUCAUAUUGCAGUCUUUAGAUGGCACCCAAAAUGAAGUCAGGAUCGAUGGAGAGAAAAAUAGGAGGCCAUAUCUCAUUAAUUCAAAUGUGUGCGCAAAUGUUGUGUUGAAGGUUAUAUAUUUGGUGACGUACAAUAUGGCAGGCCAAAUAGUGAAUGCUGCAGUCCGUCUGCUGCUUGGGAAUUUUCAUGUCACACCACUUACCCUGGAGCAAGAGUUUUCUGUCCAAUUUUUUCAGGAGAAGAAUAAGAACGUGCCAGUCCAUAAGAGCGGAAAUCCAGGUUAUGUCGUCGGACAGCCUAUUUUGUCUGGACAAGUAAUUUCGAAAGAAAGGGUGCUGACCAUCAACCCUGGAGACACACUGUCUCUUCUCCAGAGUUCCGCAAACCACAACUGUAUGAACGGUCUUCAUCAGCGCUCUCCUGUCUUGUUUGGUGUAGAAUCGAUGUCUGGCUGCACAUUAAGACUGGAGGAUGCAGAAGACUGCUCCCUUGUUUCCCAAAUCAUUCUUGAUGUUCUGCAAGGACAAACCUAUCCCCAAUAUGUUGCUACAUUCGGAAACUCGGCAUUAGACAAUGACCUUGACUGGGUGCCCAUCAAGCACAACUAUAAUCACAGGGACUCACAUGUUUGCAACAUCCCAUUGGCACUUCACUUACAAAUUGAAUGGACCAAAUAUGGACACUUGUGGAAUCCCCAAGCUCAGAUUGUGAGCAUCGAGCAAGUUAUCCUAACCGGUGACACCAGUUUGGCUAGUCUGACCAGAGGCAGUGAUGUGUCAAUUCAGAGUUCAGUGAGCUUCAAAGAAAUCGCCACUGCUGCUCUCCCUGGUUACAGAGCUACACCGACCAUCAACGCCAAGCUGCCUAUUGACUUCUUCUUUCCAUUUGUUUGAUUCAGCAACUUCUAACAGACUGUAAAAGUCCGCUCACCAAAAUGGUAAUUGUAAUUACAAUACAGGACAAACUAUUGAUUGGAUGAAGCAAUACAGCCUGAAAGAAGUUAGUAACAUAUUUUGAUUAUUAAAAUUAAAGAGCAGAUCAAACAAACAAUUCAGAAAGGAUGCAUACAUUGACGCAUACAAAAAAAAAAUACAGAAAGUUGCAUCAUAAAAAUUCAAAUUUAAAUUAAUAAACAAUCAGAUGUCAAUGCCAUGCCUCUUGAGAAGUGUCUGAAGAUUCUGGUUGUCUUGUUGCUAGGACAGAUUAGAAGAAACCAAUCACUUAAUUUGAUGUUUGAGUCAUCAGGUUAUCAAUAUUUGUGUGGAUACAUUGGCUGAAAUGAGUAGUUAACACGUCACCAUUUUUCUCACUAAAUAUACUUCCAAAGGUGCUAUUGACUUGAACAUUUCACCAGAUGUUCCACCGGAACAACCCAAGUAAUCCAUACACACAAAGAAAGAAGAAGAAAUACGAUCAGAAAUUAAGUUAUGUGUAAAAAUGUGAAAUGACAGGGAAAAAGUAUUGAACACAUGACGAAAAGCGAGGUGCAAAAAGGCAUGGAAAGCCACAACACCUAAAAUGUAUUACUAAUCAAACAGCAACCCCCCCCCCCCCCCCCCUUGUCAGAUGGUUCAGUCCUAAUUGAUGGCCUUCAAAAAGGUCUCAUUACCAAGGUGUGAGUCAAGACACAUCUCAUGAGGAGAGGAAGUGGCGCUGGGUGAGCAUGCUGUGACAACGCGAGAGAUUGCGUGAUUUCCGAAGACAGAAAACAUGGCGGCGCCCCUUGCAUAGACUUGGAAAAGCAGCUAUUACAAAACAAAAAUGAUUUUCUUUUUUCAGCGGCGGAUGGUCGCUUCGUUCUUUUGUCUUUUCCUUCGCCAGCAGCGGUAACUCUACUAUUCAAACUGUACUUCUUUGUAAAAUCCCAUCUGGCCUUCCGAUUCUUUUGGCUGAUGAGUGGUUUGCAUCUUGUGGUAUGGCCUCUGUGUUUCUUCUCUCAAAGUCUUCUUCGAACAGUGGAUUGUGAUACCUUCACUCCCCUGCCCUGUGGAGGUUGACGAACCAUUUUGUCUGGUCAUUUAAGUAAAAUGCACCCAAACUUAUCAGGAGACGCUUCAUCAUGCAACAAGACAAUGACCCAAAACACACUGCCGACGCAACAAAGGACUUGAUCAGGGGGAAAAUGUGGAAGGUUUUAGACUGGCCAAGUCAAUCACCGGACCUUAACCAAAAUAGAGGAUACAUUUUACCUCCUGAAGAGGAGACUAAAGGGAGAAACACCCAGAAGCAACAAGAACUGAAAGAGGCUGCAGUAAAGGCCUGGAAAAGCAUUUGAAAUAAAGAAUGCAACAGUCUGGUGAAGUCAAUGGGUCACAGGCUUGAUGCAGUUAUUGCAAGUAAGGGUUAUGCCACCAAAAAUGUAAUGUUCUUCACUUAAAGUUAAUUUAAUCAUGUCUGUACCAGUACUUUUGCUCACUUGAAAAGUGGGUGGCUUCGAACAAAAGGUGCUCUGUCCCGAGUUGUUUAACACAUCGAGAUGCAAAUACCAUGAAAGGAAAGCUGGAAUUCUGAACUUGUGUCUCAUAUUCAUCUUUUGAUCUGAAACUCAAAUGUCUUCAGUAUACAACAAAGGAAUUUACCUUCUUCUUUUCCUUUGGGCUUGUCCCUUUAGAGGUCCCCACAGCGCGUCAUCCUUUUCCAUGUAAGCCUACCUCCUGCAUCCUCCUCUCGAACACCAACUGCCAUCAUGUCUUCCCUCACGACAUCCAUCAACUCUCUUGCCUGGCAGCUCCAUCCUCAGCACCCUUCUACCAAUAUACUCACUAUCUCUCCUCUGGACGUGUCCAAACCAUCAAAGUCUACGCUCUCUAACUUUGCCUCCAAAACAUCGAACCUUGGAUGUCCCUCUGAUGAGCUCAUUUCUAAUUUUAUCCAACUUCGUCACUCCGAAAGUGAACCUCAACAUCUUCAUUCCCUACACCUCCAGCUUUGCUUCCUGUUGUCUCUUCAGUGCCACUGUCUCUAAUCCGUGCAUCAUGGCUGGCCUCACCACUGUUUUAUAAACUUUGCCCUUCAUCCUCGCAGAGACUCUUCUGUCACAUAACACACCUGACACCUUCCAACCUGCUUGGACCCAUUUCUUCACUUCCUGACCACACUCACCAAUGCUCUGGACGGUAGUAUUUAAAGACCUCCACCCUUGCUAUCUCUUCUCCCUGUAGCCUCACUCUUCCCCCACCACCCCUCUCAUUCAUGCACAUAUAUUCUGUCUUACUUCGGCUAAUCUUUAUUCCUCUGCUUUCCAGUGGAUGCCUCCAUCUUUCGAACUGUUCCUCCACCUGCUCCCUGGGUUCACUACAGAUCACAGUGUCAUCUGCAAACAUCAUGGUCCACGGGGAUUCCAGUCUAACCUCAUCUGUCAGCCUAUCCAUCACCACUGCAAAAAGGAAUGGGCUCAGGGUUGAUCCCUAAUGCAGUCCCACCUCCACCUUAAAUUCUUCUGUCACACCUACAGCACACCUCACCACUGUUCUGCUGCCCUCGUACAUGUCCUGUAUUAUUCUAACAUACUUCUCUGCCACUCCAGACUUCCGCAUGCAGUACCACAGUUCCUCUCUGGGUACUCUGUCAUAGGCUUUCUCAGUCAUGUGUCUUUCUCAAAGACACAAUGUAGCUCCUUCUGACCUUCUCUGUACUUUUGCAUCAACAUCCUCCAGGCAACUAAUGCAUCUGUGGUACUCUUUCUAGGCAUGAAACCAUACUGUUGCUCGCAAAUACUCACUUCUGUCCUGAGUCUCGACUCUACUACUCUUUCCCAUAACUCGUGUGGCUCAUCAACUUUCGUCUUCGUUCGGUUUUUGUCCACCCUCGAUCUGUUGGCGGGACUCCAGAAAGCCGCUCCUGGCACUCAUAACGGUUACACCCGCAGUUGAGUUCAAAUGGCAGGAAAAGUUCAGAGCGCACCCCAUCGUGAAAACAACUUUCUUUUUGCAUCUUUUUUGUUCAUCUUCUUCAACUAAACCUGCCUCCUUUCCUCCGGAGAUGCUCAGAGACAGAGCAUACCCAGGGCCAACUGAUCUCCGGUCGAGAGUAGAGCAUGGCAGUCUUUGCCAGAAUGUACAAAAUGAGUGCCUAAUAAUUUUGGGGUCAAAUACCAGCUUCACACAAGUUCCGACUUUGUACUAGCUCAACACGCUGUAACCUUUUUUUUUGUCCUGUUCGGCUGUCAUGCAGAAUGGAAAAUCUGUAUCCCUUUUUUCACUGUGUUACACGCUGUAACCUAUUCACGCUCAUUUUUAGUCCAGCAACACACAAUGUCCUAUUUUUCUUUCUAUUACCAUUAUUAUUCUUUUCUUUUUGCGGAAGAGUCUCUCUGUAUGUUACCCCGUAGUUCCCCCUUUUAGAGUUUAUUAAAUUUUCUAUAAAAUUCCA